AGUGAUCGCUGCAACGGAGAUGGCGGCUCUGGUGAAGGCGAAGAAGAAAGUUGUCAACCAGCAGGAGCUGCGGCGCCUGAUGAGGGAGAAGCAGCGGGCGGGCGCGAGCAGCAGAAGGAUCGAGUCUCCGCUCGCUAAAUAUAACAGUUUAGGUCAUCUCAGCUGUGUGAUUUGCAGCACUCCAGUGAAAAAUGAACUACUGUGGCAGACACACAUUCUGGGGAAGCAACAUAAAGAGAACCUGGAGAAGCUAAGAAAUGUAGAUGAAGCAACUGGACCAUCAAGAGUUAAUACAGGAACAGUUCCUGUAAUAAAGAGAAAAGGUACAGAUACAGAAACACAACCAACAAAGAAGGUCAAAGCCUACUGUGAAUCUAGAGCAGCUACAAGUACUGAGUUACCGGCUAACUUUAUCGAUCCAGUGAAUAAACUGUCUCAACAGUGCAUGCAGCAUGCUAGUCGAAAUUCAGAAGUUGUCAGUAAUGAUGAUGUCGAAAAAGUGGCCGAGGAAAGAGGUCAUCCUGCAUCUCCUUUGGGAGUGGAAGUUUUACAGAAAAACGCUACUCUUCCAGCACCUGUGCAGAACAAGACAGAAAACAUCCUUCCUGCAGAUUUCUUUGAUAGCGGUCUAACACCUACUGCUGUUUCUCAUUCUGGAUCUAUCCAAAAACCAGAACAAGCAGAGAAGAUUGUGGAAAGGAAAGAGAAUACUGCUGAAUCUUUGCCAGAAGGAUUCUUCGAUGAUCCAGUAAAGGAUGCAAUGGUGCGGAAGGUAGAUCUACCGAAAGAUCAGAUGGAUAAAGAAUGGGAAGAAUUUCAAAAAGAAAUCAGACAGGUUAAUACGGUUUCAGAAGCAAUUGUAGCAGAAGAUGACGAAGAAGUUCGUUUAGAUAGACAAAUAGAAGAAAUUGAUGAACAAAUCAUGUGCUACAAACGUGUAGAGUAUUUAAGAGACCGGCAAGAGACUGUAAAGCAACAAUUGAUGACAACUUUGAAAAGCAGACCAUCACAAGGUGAUGAGAAAGUUGAUACCUAUGAGGAAGAGGAACUUCAAGAGUUCCUUUCAGGUGAUUGGCGAGCAAAAGGAGCUUUGCUUUAGUACACUGUUGUGCAAUAAUUAGUCAAAGUAAGCAUACAACAAACCAUGACGUAUUGCUAAUCAAGACUGACUUCUUAUGGAGCUUUCGCAUGAACUGAUAAAUAUUCAAGAACUUCAGUCAUGACCAUGGGAAUACUUUGAAAUAUUAUUUCUUUUUUAGAUUGGUAAAGCUUUUCAGAUGUACAGUGGUUAUUACAUUAAAAUAAAUGUUCACUUGUGUCCAGAUUUAGUUUUAUCAGAUUACUUCAACUAACAGGAUUUUCUGAUCAUAUUACAUUUUUCUGCACUGAGCUUUAUACAAGAUUAAAUUUGGCGACGCCCAGUAACACGAGUGGCAUUGAUCGUGUGGAUAGUCAGAGGCUUUUUCCCAGGGUGGAAAUGGCUAGCACGAGAGGGCACAGUUUUAAGGUGCCUGGAAGUAGGUACAGAGGAGAUAUCAGGGGUAAGUUUUUUUUUUUACGCAGGGUGCUGCGUGCGUGGAAUAGGCUGCUGGCGACAGUAGUGGUGGUAGAUACGAUGGGUCUUUUAAGAGACUCCUGGACAGGUAUACCCUAGGUAAUUUCUCAGGUAAGGACAUGUUUGGCACAGCUUUGUGGGCCAAAGGGCCUGUAUUGUGUUGUAGGUUUUCUAUGUUAACAACUUUUUCUGAAGAAGAAAUCAAGCAUUGUGGUAAAAUUUGGUUUGAAAACCUAGCUCUUUUGUACAAGUUUGUUUUAGAAAUGGAAUUUUACAAGGUAAUAUGCUGGUUUUGUGUUAUGUUGCAAGAGCUGAAUUUCCAGUCCAAAAACAGUAAAGGGUAAAUCUCUUUUACAGAGAACAUAGAACAAUACAGCACAGAAAACAGGGUCUUUGGCCCACAGUGAUGUACUAAACCACAUAAAUUAGUAAUCAACUUGCCAACCUCUCUUUCUUCAUCUCUUCAUAAUGUCCAUAUCCCUCCAUUUUCCUCACAUUCAUGUGUGUAUCUUAACGUCUCUUAAAAGUCCUUAGUAUAUCAACCUCUAAAGCCACCUCAGGCAGUGCAUUCCAGUCACCCACUACUCUGUGUGUGUAAAAAAAAACACACACAACAAACCAACUUACCUCUACGUCUCCUUUAAAAAGCCCCCACCAUGUUAAAUGCAUAUCCUCUGGUAUUAGACAUUUCAACACUACGAAAGAUAUGCUGACUGUCUACUCUAUGUCUGUCUCGCUUAACCUUAUAGACCUCUAUCAGAUCUCCCCUCAGCCUCCACCACUCCAGAGAAAACAACCCAUGUUUAUCCAACCUCUCAUUACAGCACAUGCCCUUUAAUUCAGCAGCAUUCUGGUAAACCUCUUCUGCACCCUCUUCAAAGCCUCAACAUCCUUACGAUAAUGGGGUGACCAGAACUAUAUGCAAUGCUCCCAUGCAGCCUAACUAGAGUUUUAUAAAGCUGCAACAUCCUGACUUUUGAACUCAGUGCUCGACUGAAGAGGCAAGCAUGCCAAAUGCCUUCUUCCACCUUCUACCAACUUCCCAGUCAUCAUGGACUCACCUUCACUACUGAGCAGGCGAGAAGGGCUCUGAGGAAACUCAGACGCAGCAAAGCGUUGGGACCCGAGGUGCUGAGCAGCUGUGUGGAGUUGGUCAGCACAUUUUCAAUCUGAGUCUCAGCCUGGAGAGGGUCACAACUGUGAGGAAAGCACCGUAUGUGGUCCUGGUACCCAAGAAGGGCUGACCAAAUGUCUGGAAUGACUACCGUCCAGUGGCCCUGAUCAUGAGACCCCUGAGAGGCUGGUUCUGGCUCACCUCUGACCCCUGGCCAGAUCAGUCCUUGAUCCCCGACGGGAGCACAUUGGAGUUGACGAUGUUGUCAUCUACCCGCUGAACAGAGUCUACCCCAUUUGGAUAAGCAGGGCAGCACUGAGGAUCAUGUUUUUUUGAUUUUUCUAGUGCCUCCGACACCAUUCAGCCCUCAUUGCUGGGGGAAGAGCUCCAUUCAGUACAGGUUGGUACUUCCAUUACAUCCUGGAUAAUAGACUACCUGACUAGCAGACCAGUCUGUGCAGCUUCGGAGCUGUGUGUCAGACAUGGCUAUAAGCAGCACUGGAGCCACACAGGGGAUUGUAUCGGCUCCCUUCCUGUUUACCCCGUAUACCUUGGACUUUAGAUACAUCACUGAGUCAUGUUAUCUGCAGAAAUUCUCUGAUGACUCAGCAAUAGUUGGAUGUAUGAAAGGAGGACAGGAGGAUGAAUUGAGGGCCCUGGUGGAGGACUUUGUCAAAUGGUGCAAGCUGAACCAUCUGCAGCUCAACAUCAGUAAGACAUAGGAGAUGGUGAUGGACUUUAGGAAGAUGAAAUCUUACUGUUUCCCGAUACUAUUGAUGGUGAGGAUCUACAAGUACAUGGGGGGUGCACCUGGAUGACAGACUUGAGUGGAGCACCAGCACAGAGGCUGUGUACAAGAAGGGCCACAUCACCUCCACCUCCUGAGGAGAAUGAGGUCCUUUGGAGUAUGCAGGCCUCUCCUUCACAAUCUACCACUCUGUUGUCACCAAUACAAUCUUCUAUGCAGUGGUGUGCUGGGCAAUGGCAUCAACACAGCUGAUGUCAACAGGCUCAAUAAACUGAUUAGAAAGGCUGGCACUAUUAUAGGUGUCAAACUGGACAUACUGGAGGCUGAGGUAGAGUAAAGGUCCCUCUGGAAAAUCCUGGCAAUUCUGGACAAUGUUUCUCACCCUCUGCAUACCACCUUGGCUGAGCAUAGGAGCACUCUCAGUAAUAGACCAAGACAACUGCACUGCUCCAAAGUGCGCAUUAUGAGGUCAUUCUUACCCUUGACCAUUAGGCUCUAUAAUGAGUCAAUCUGUAGCCGGGGAAGUGAUGACCCCCUCCUGUUAGACUGUUAUUAACCUCAGUUACCAGAACUCUGUUUGAUCUUUGUUUAUCUCUGUUUAGCUCUUUACCACACCCUGUUGUUAAUGGACACCCUGUGCAAUACUGCUAUCACUUCUUAUCUGGAUGAUGCAAAUAUGCACCCAUUACUGUAUCAUAUUACGGAAAUUCUUGCACUACCACCUUAUUAGUGUGAACUUGUAAAUCUUGUAAUCUUUGACUUGUAAGUCUUGUAUAUCUUAUUUUUAAGGUAACUUAUUUUUAUUCUUUCUUAGUCCUCUUCUAAUAGUUGUAUAUCUGUGCACUUGUAAUGCUACUGUGAUACUGUAAUUUCCUUUGGGGUCAAUAAAGCAUCUGUCUUGUAUCUUAAUUACCCUUAUCAACCUGUGUAGCCACUUUCAGUGAGCUAUGAACUUGGAUCCCAAGAUCUCUAUGCUCAGCAACACUGUUAAGGGUCUUGCCCUUAAUAGUGGAUUAUCUCUUAACAUUUGACCUACCAAGGUGCAACUUCACAUUUGGCCAGUUUAAACUUCAUCUGCCAUUUUGCCACUCAUAUCUGCAGCUGAUCUAUAUUCUGUUGUAUUCUUUCCCAGUCAUCUAUAUUUUCCACAACACUGCCAAUCUUUGUAUCAUCUGCAAACUUACUAACACACUGGUCUACAUUUUCAUCUAGGUCACUUAUGUACAUCACAAACAGAAGCAGUCCCCUUACAGACCCCUGCAGAACAUCACUAAUCACAGACUUCCAACAAGAGCAAGAUCCUUCAAACACCAUCCUCUGUCUUCUAUAGGCAAGCCAGUUCUGAAUCCAAACAGCCAAUUCACCAUUGUUCCAUUGCAUCUUGAUCUUCUGGAUGAGCCUCCCAUGAGGAACCUUGACAAAGCCUUACUAAAUUCCACGUAGACAACAUCCACGGCUCGACCUUCAUCAUUUCACCCCUAUCAUCUUGUCAAAAUUUCAAGUUAGUAAGAUGCAACUUGCCCCGUAAAAAACCAUGCUGGCUCUCCCUAAUUAGACCAUGGCUUUACAAAUGCUUAUCAAUUGUAUCCCUAAGAAUUCUCUCCAGUAACUUCCCUACCACUUUCGUGAAACUCGUCGGUCGAUAGUUUCCAGGAUUUUCCCUGCUUCCCUUCUUGAACAAUGGAACAACAUUAGCUCAUUGCCAGUCCUCCAGGACCUUGCCUGUGGCUCUAGAGAAUACAAAGAUAUUGGUCAAGGCUCCAGAAAUCUCUCUCUUGCCUCUUUCAAUAACCUGGGGUAUAUCCCAUUAGGCACUGGGGGCUUAUCCACCUCAAGGCUCUUUAAGAAACCCAACGCUACCUCCCCUGGUACUUUGAAAUGCCCUCAUAUAUUAAUAGUCUUGGCACAGAUCACCCUCCAUGUCCUUCUCCUUGGUAAAUACUGAUGUAACAAACUAAUUCAGGAUGUCACCCACAUCCUUGAGUGGU